AUGAGCGAGCUUCAAAAGUCCUUUGCCAAGUCAAAACUGGGCAAAUUGCCGCCCGAUCCCCCACAGAUCUUCGACUCUCCCACCGCUGGUGCUUCCUCCUCGUCGAUGCAUCCCCUCGAUGAAGCCAGUUAUGACGAUGAUUCCUCGUCUGCUUCGUCAACAGGGACUAUUGUUCCAUCCCCUAGCAGACAGCUGUUCGCUAGACCUGGUCGAGGAUCAUCAUCCGCUUUAACGUCAUUAAACUGGACAGAUUUCUUCACACAGGAGCUCUUCCUCCCCGAAGAAAACAAUAACAUCAACAUCGUCCACCAUGUCUAUCUCACCCCACCCACCGACUCCGGUCCCCUUUUCGUCAUGCACCAUGGAGCUGGUUCAUCCGGCCUCUCCUUCGCAGUCUGCACAGAGGAGAUCCGGAAGAUUAUCCCGAAAGCAGGAAUCCUGUCCCUAGAUGCGCGGGACCAUGGCAGCACAACAACGACAAAAGCCGAUGGCCACGGGGAAGUUGAGCUUGAUCUGAGCUUGGAGACUCUCAGUCGCGAUCUCAUGUUUGUUAUCCGUGAAACGCAGUCCAAGAUGGGCUGGGAUCACCUCCCAGAUAUUGUGCUUGUAGGCCACAGCUUGGGAGGCGCUGUCAUCACCGAUGUUGCCAAAAAGGGGGAGCUUGGUCCGAAGUUGCUAGCUUACGCAGUGCUGGACGUUGUUGAAGGUUCCGCAAUGGAUGCCCUCCAGAGUAUGGAAAAGUACCUCUCAACACGCCCAUCCAGAUUCCCCUCCCUAACCUCUGGAAUCGAGUGGCACACUCGAUCCCGCACAAUCCGCAACAGAGUCUCAGCUCGUGCCUCUGUCCCUUCACUCCUAUAUGAAGAAGAGAACCCUGCUGAUCCAUCACGGCGAUGGGUCUGGAGAACUAAUCUAGGAAACACAAAGCCUUUCUGGGAGAACUGGUUCGUCGGGUUAAGCCGGAAAUUCCUCGAGGCACGAGGUGGAAAACUGCUUCUUUUGGCUGGGACGGAUAGGCUGGAUAAAGAAUUGAUGAUUGGGCAGAUGCAAGGGAAAUAUCAACUUCAGGUCCUUCCCGAAGCAGGCCACUUUAUCCAAGAGGACCAACCCGCUAAAACGGCUCAGAUCUUGGUGGACUUCUACAAGCGGAACGAUCGGAGCGCCCUUGUCCUUCCGCCAAAAGUGGCAGACAUGCAAGCCUCUUCUGCUAUGAAGAAAGGCGUGGGAGCCCCCGAUGGAAAAGUGCUAGGGGAUAACGAAAGAAUUGGCUGGACAAAGAGGCCAUAG